AUGAAAUUGUGUUGCAAAAACAAAACAAUCCUUCCACGGUGCAGUGAGUUAUCAUUUUGUGUGAAAAUUGUGUAAAAUUCACCGCAAAACUUUACAAAAAUGAUGCGCUACGAGGGAAACGAGGAGCUGGCCGAUAAGUCGGCCUGUGCCGGUGUACGGGCCGAUCUGAAAAUGUGCCUCCUGCAGAGUGAUUGCUGCAAGAAGGAAAAGAAAACUCCCCGAGAAUGUCUGAACCGUACCGAUGGUUCCGUACCGAGCGAAUGCUUCGUGCUGCGGAACACCUUUUUCGAGUGCAAGCGUUCAAUGCUCGACAAUCGACAGCGAUUUCGCGGCAGGAAAGGUUACUAAAGCCAAGCGGCAGGCAAGCGGCCGUUUCUGUCGCCCGAGAAGAAAGUUAUGUUUUUAUUUCGUUCAAAACACCUCCCUAAAGCUUCAUGAGUUAGUGUAUAAAAUAUAGCAUUAAAAAAGACAAA